CAUAGUCAAGUCAAUAGAAAAGUAGUGGCCUGGAGUCGACUCAUACUAGUCCAUGCUGAAAGAGAUUAAAUCACAGCAUUAUGCAAAGUAUGUAUUAAGAGUAUGCAGCUGAAUGCCUGAAUGUACACAUAACAAAUUCAUUAGUCCAAAAAAAAACAUAUGUAUUUUUGUAAGAAAAAGUCGUGGGUUUGGGUUAUGUCAUUCAACACCAUCAACAUGCUUAUACCAUACUUGUUGAUUUAUAAUCAUGGAUUAAUUUUCUCCUUGGCUGCUGAUGAUGCUGCAAAUUUGACUUCGUUAGCCGAUAAAAGAGUUGCUGCAGGUGCAGGUUCAGGUUCAGGUCAUAAAGUAUUGGAUCAAAUCGGUUUUUGGUUAAGAUCAGGUCAGGUUCAGGUCGAGUUACAGUUCCCUAGUUUCACCCCAUUGUUCGAGUACAUGUUGGGUUCAGAUCAUUGUCGGUUCAGGUCGAGUUUUCAGGCCGGGUCAGUUUUUGAUAGCUCUACUUUUAACCAUUUCAUACAUCAUACACCCGGUUGUACCUAGCAGGCUAGUAAGGCACAAACGAUUGUAAAAGAUCUUUUUUGAUUCAAAUUACUCCUCUGAACUUAUAUAAGAGUAUAGUUCGCCUUCAUUGCUAAUGUGUGGUUGUUUUGUUUUGGUGGUUGACUUGCGAAAAAAUUAAAAGGAUUCAUCAGCAUUGACUGUGGAAUGACUAGAGAUUCACAAUAUAACAAUGCGAGAGGGUUAUAUUACAAGUCGGAUUCAGAAUUCAUAAACACCGGAAAAAACAUGGAAGUAAAGAGCAACUACACAGUUGGUGGGUUAUGGACAAGUUACAACACACUCAGAAGUUUCCCAAAUGGAAUUAGAAAUUGUUACACUUUGAAACCUUUACAAGGCAAAAAUAGAAACUACUUAAUCAGAGCUUCUUUUUACUAUGGAAAUUAUGAUGGACUAAACACCAUACCAACAUUUGACCUUUAUGUCGGAGUUCAUUUUUGGGCAACAGUUAAGCCAGAUUCCGUUGGAGAACAACUGUUUUUGGAACUUAUUUACACUUCUGAAGAUGACUUGAUAUAUGUAUGUUUGGUGAAAACCGGAUCAACCACACCUUUUAUUACUGCAUUGGAGUUGAAGCCUUUGAUCGACUCUACGGGUAAUUACAAUUCCAGUGAUGGUGCACUAUUGACUCGUGUGCGCAUGGAUGCUGGCUUCUACUCAAACCCCUAUACAAGUGUAGCUGAUGAUCCAUAUGAUCGACUAUGGUGCGGAGUUCCAGCUAAUAAUAUUCACACUUGGGGCUCUUUAAAAACUGAUCAAUCAAUGAAUUCUACGUUCAUCGAUCACUACGAGUUACCACCAUCAGUUUUAAAGACAGUUGCCGUUCCUAUGCCUAGCAAUAUCUCCUUAAAUUACUACAGUCGGUGUAUGGGAUCCUUAAAUACUGGAUUAGUAUGGGUUUUCUGGCACUUUGCAGAAAUUCAGAAGUUGGGAAGUAAUGAAACAAGAGAAUUUACUAUUUCAAUACCUGGAAAAUAUCAGUCAGAAAUAAUUAGCCCCAGAUAUUUGCAACCGUUAACCAUCGUUUCCGAUGUAAUAACACUGACUAAUGGAUCUUCCAUCGAGUUUCUCAUUACGAAGACAAAUACGUCGAAACUCCCUCCUAUUCUCAACGCUUUUGAGAUAUAUGAAAUAGUAGACCUCAAAGCAUUAGCAACAAACCAGAAUGAUGUUGAUGCUGUUAUGAACAUCAAGAUGAACUACACAGUGCCGGCGAGUUGGCAAGGGGAUCCUUGUCUACCUAUUGUUCCUUGGGAUGGUUUAGAAUGCAGCAGCAAUGGUCAUAAGUCCCCUCGAAUAACUUCUUUGAAUUUGACUUUCAAUGGAUUGGCUGGAGAUGUACCCCUUUCAUUGUCUGCUCUUACAGCUUUAACCUACUUGGAUCUUUCAUAUAAUAAUCUUAUAGGGGUAAUACCUGAUUUUCUAGCUAAGAUGCCAUCUCUACAUACUAUAGAUUUAAGAAGUAAUAUGCUCACUGGUCCAGUUCCGAUAGCACUCAGCAAAAAGGUGGAAGAUGGCUCUAUAAUUUUGAGAUUGGAGGGCAAUCCAGAUGUGUGUAUGUCAAACCCAUGUAAGAAAAAGAAUUCAAAGAAGAUGGUGGCUAUAUUGUCUUCAAUAACAUCUAUAAUAUUCAUCAUUAUUUCGAUAGCAAUAUUGAUUUGUAUACUUAAAAGGAAGAAAACAGCAAGAUACAUUAAAAAUGCAUCAUUGAAGCUGGAGAGUCGGAGUUUCACAUACGUGGAAGUGAUGAAUAUGACCAAUAAUUUCCAAACAAUUAUUGGAAGAGGAGGAUCUGGAGCAGUUUAUCAAGGCUCCUUACAAGAUGGUACUCCUGUGGCUAUUAAAAUGAUAAACCCAUCCACUCUAAGCUUAAAGUUGUUUCGUACUGAGGCUGAACUGUUAACAAGAGUUCAUCAUAGAAGCCUUGUUUCUCUCAUAGGUUAUUGUGAGGAAGGCACAGCCAUGGCACUCAUCUAUGAACAUGUAACUAAUGGUAACCUAAAACAACAUUUAUCAGAUAAACAUACUAGGGUUUUAUGUUGGAAAGAGAGACUACAAAUUGCCAUAGACGCUGCACAAGGUUUGGAGUAUAUGCAUAGUGGGUGUGAACCUCCUAUAGUACAUAGAGACAUGAAAACUUCCAAUAUUCUACUAGACGAGAACAUGCACGCCAAGAUUUCAGAUUUCGGCAUCUCCAAAACAUUCUCUAUUGAAGGUACUGAGAGUGGUUUGAGUACUAACGUGAUGGGAACACGUGGCUAUGUUGAUCCAGAAUACUAUAACUAUCAAAGACUUAAUAAGAAGAGCGAUGUGUUUAGUUUCGGGGUUGUUUUGUUGGAGCUCAUCACAGGGCAAUCACCAAUUGUGAGAAGCAAUAAUGCUGAACCAAUACACAUAAGUGCAUGGACUACUCCUAAGCUUGAGAGUGGGGAUAUAGAACUCAUUGUCGAUAAGAGAUUGGAAGGACAUUUCACCACCAACUCUGCAUGGAAAGCCUUGGAGAUUGCUAUGAUGUGUGUAUCAUCUACUUCAAUCCAAAGGCCAAGCAUGAACCAAGUGUUGAGUGAUCUGAAUGAUUGUUUAGCCAUCGAAAUGUCCCGAGGAAAUAGAGAGAUGGACAACCAUGGAUAUGGUUAUCCUACUACUGACAUUGCCAUUGUCGAUACAUCUAUUGAAAUGGGUCCAACAGCAAGGUAGCCACCUGAAAUGAUGCUGGAAAAUCACUUUGAUAUUUAUAACAGAAGAACUCUUUUAUUGUAACGUAUUAUCAGUAUCCAUGUACUACUGUAUGUUUAUGUAAUUUGAUUUGGGAAAUUUUGCAAACAACUAAUUUUAAGUAUCAAACAAAUAAAAAUCAGAGUUCGAAAAUUUUAGGGUUUUUGAAAAUUGGGGGAAAUCAACAAUUAGGUAAGUAUUCUACUGAUUUGGGGCUUUUUUUGUAAAAAAAAAAAGAGGUUGGGCUUCAUAGGAAACCGUCAGAAAUUGCCUAGAUACGUUUCUGGUACGGGAGAUAAUCGAAUCCGUGCAUCCUUGGCCGGAGGUGGAGGUGGAGGUGUGGUGGGCAAAGGGCUGGCCGGAAAUGGAGCUCCAUUCAUGGAGCCAUGGAGUUUUGAAGGGGAGGAAGAAGAUGAAGAGGAAAUGGAAAAAAAAAAAG